AUGAACAAUCCAAGUGCACAACAAGAUGUUAAGAUGUAUUUCAAAGGGGGUGUUCAAGAUGUUGAAGCAAGUCCGAAAAUUCAAACUGCUUUUAGUGCUGAAAAUUCAUCUGGAUCAAUCAAUCAAAGUCCAAACAGCAGCAGUGGAAUUUCUUCAUAUCCAAAUGAUGAAAAGGUGGCAGAUGGUUUUAGCUGGGAUAAAUACAUUCCACCUGAUUCAAAAACAGUAGCACUUAUCGCUCAAAUUGUUAAAGAACCUGAUUUGCUGACCGAAUGGAUGAAAGUGUUUGAUAGUAAUGAGACAAGUCAAGAAGGAGAAUCUGUUUCAUCAGAUGAAAGUUCAGAAAGAACAACAGUUUUUUAUCAAUCACCAUCAGAUUCUAGUUCUUCAGAUGAUAGUUCAGAAAACACAAUAGUGUUUGAUCAAUCACCAACUGAUGAUAGUGGUGAUGAUGGGGAAGAAAGGCACAUUAAUGUUGCAAAAAUUCAUUUAUCUCCUGAAAGUUUUCAAUUUUAUUUUGCAGAUCGUUUGGAAAAGCUGAAAGAUAAACGAGCAACAAAAGAAAAGAAAAUGGUGAAAUGUGAUAGUGUUGAUCAGGAAAAGAAUUCUGAACAAAGAGUUGAGAAAGUUGUUGAAGUUGAGAAGAUUAUUGAAGUAGAAAAGACUGUUGAAGUUAUCAAACCAUGUCUUAAAUACUUGGAAUCUUGCAAGCAGUGCGAAGAGAAAGAUGAAAAGUUGAGCGAGCAAGAUAAGAUGAAAGAACAAUUACUAUUCAAUCUCAAUUAUGUGAAAGAAUGGUAUGACGUGUUGAAUAGAACAGUGACUGGUCUUUAG